AGGAAUCGGCAGAGUGAAGGGAUCGCCGCGCAAGGGCGUGUGUCUUACGGAGGAGAUACGGAGGCGUGUGUGCGGGGUCGCGUGGGGUCAGCCCGAGAGGUGUUCUGGUGCUGCAAGAGUUGAGUUGCGAUCUGGCCGCUUAGAGGCUGGUGGCGUCCACUGCUCUUCCUGCCGCUAGCACCCAACCCUCCCCGUCCCGCGCCCCUGCAGGACUUCUCUCUCCUUAUCUGUUGAGGAAGGCGCGGCGGACAGCAGGCGAUUCCUGGUGGCACUGAGGGUGGGGUGGGCGAAGUGGCUGUCCCGUAGACCUUUGGCCCCACCUGCCCCAGCGAUGACCUCAUUCCCGGUGGAGGCGGGCACGGUCGGGUGGUAGCCAGGCAGAUGCGUGGGAGCCGCUCCCCGGUGCACACGCGCCCCACAUGUGCAACCACUCGCCCGCUUUCCGCCUCGCGUUACCCACCCACACAAACCUCUAGGGAUGUCUUUUGUGUACAGUUGUGAAACGCAGUGAUAAAACUUAGAGGCGCGUCAAGUGAAGUGUAUGAGAUCAGUGCCGCCCUCGCCCCGGCGAGUGAGAUGACCCCCUAGCCGGCCACUGCAGGGCCGACCCACCUCAGUGAUGGACUCCUUUAGUGACAAGUCGGAUAGUGGAGUGCUUGUGCCGCCACGGCCGGUGAUGUACGGCAACAUGGUGUGUCCGGUAGAAACUUCGAGGGACGGUGACGACUCCUCCCCCAGCGUCACCCCUGUCCUUUCCUGCGAUCACUCCGUCACCCAGCUCGCGCCGCCCCUCUCUAGGACAAGCGACCAGGUCCUCUCACAGGACCAGACUAUCAAGGAAGAUGCCAACCCUUACGCCGGCCCCACCCAGCCCAUCACCAAAGUGCCCAACCCCUCCAUGGCCACGGGGAAUAUGAAUCAGAUGUGCAAAGUUUGCGGCGAACCAGCGGCAGGCUUCCACUUCGGUGCCUUCACCUGCGAGGGUUGCAAGUCGUUCUUCGGAAGGACGUACAACAACCUGUCGUCGCUGAACGAGUGUAAGAAUAGCGGGCGAUGUGUUAUCAACAAGAAGACGCGGACCUCGUGCAAGAGUUGUCGCCUUCGCAAAUGUCUGAUGGUGGGCAUGUCCAAGAGCGGCUCGCGGUACGGCAGACGCUCCAAUUGGUUCAAGAUCCACUACUUAAUGCAAGGCAACAACAAUAACAAUGAGAGCAAUAACGUGAAUAACAACAGCAUGAGUCCCAUCCCGUCUGUUACAACCAGCGGCGACUUGUCCGGCAGCGACCAUUCCGUGACCCUCUCCUACGCACCCUCCUCGCCCGGCCUCGCCAGUCCGGCUUCAGAGUCAAAGACGCUCAGUCCAGACUUCAGGGACUUUAAGAUUACUCCAGAUUUUAAGCUGAGUCCAGAUUUUAAGCUGAGUCCAGACUUUAAGCUAGGUUCUGACCUCAAGUCCGGUUUAGACUGUAAGGGACUCAACUCUCCCACGCCCUCGUCCUCAGAAUCUCACAACUCGGACUCAUCACUGGAUCUGAGCGAGAAGUCUCUCUUCCCUCCCUAUCUGGAGCACCCGUACCCGAAGGAGCUGCUGGCGCUGUACAACCUUCCUGCACUCACGCCACACCUGCCGCCCUACAUGUCCCCCACCUCCCUAGCCCACCGCUACCUCUACCCCUACUACCCCUCCCUCCUGUCAGUCUACUCACGCCGCCAGUACCUCGACUCACUACUGCAGAAGGCGCGACAGAGCGAAGCGCCAUCAACAAUCGACGUUGAGGAUGAGCCAAGGGACCUCGCCUCACCAAACCGAGAAUUUACGCCACCGACGAAGUUUUUCAAGCCCAACACCAUCCGUCCUCAUCACGAAAUGAAAGUGGCAGUGAAGUCUUCCCGUCACUCUCCAGUCAGAGGCCUUCUGUCCCUGCGCCAGGACCUCAAUGGACGGGACACACUCCCAGGAUACAAUCCCGGCCACGACCUAACACCAAGGGGCAGUCCAGACACUGUCCCCGUAGCUGCCACCGCUCCCCAGGACCUUCCCAUUGACCUCAGUGUCAAGAAUAAGUCCCCAAGUCCGCAGCGAAUUGACAGCGACGAUGACAGGUCGGCUUCCAGCAGCCCUCACGGAAUGGAGGACGAAGGGAAAGAAGAUAAGAAUGCUGAUGACGAAGUGGAAGAAGAAGGUGAACGAAAAAAAGAAGAACAAGAGACGCCUCUGGAUCUGAGCUCAGUAAGGAUGGGUUAGUGCCCGAACCAUGAUGGGGUUCAAGCAGUGAAUAAAGAAAAAUAUGGCGACCAUGCGGGAGGAAAAUUUAGCUUCGUUUCUUUUGACGAUUCGGAAAACAUUUGUAAGUUGUGAGGCUCCAUGACUCCUCCCGCUCCCAGCCGCUGGCCUCUACCUUGGCACCCUUGCCGAGUUAUGGAGACACGAGGGUUACUGCCUCUCGCUGCUCUUUUCUUCAGUAUUUGCUGGUGAAACAUGACCACUGAUGUGCCAUGAAAAGUACAAGUUGUUCCCUCACGCACAAAUAGGCAGAAAAAAUUACAGACACUUACAAGCAUAUAAGUGCACACACCUGAUGGUUGCCAAUACACACUCUCACACAGGUGCCCCUGUGCGCGCCCACAGCACACACACACACACACACACACACACACACACACACACACACACACACACGAUGGUGCUCCGGUCUCCAAGCUGGAGCUGCGCAACUCUUCUCCGGCAGUGUGCCGUCAGUGACCCGGCAGUGGAGGACAGGCCUUGCCGAGGGGACGAGGUGCUGGCCGCGCGGUACGUCCAGUCUGCUGCUGCCGCCCAGUGAACUAACGUUGGGCGGGGACUGAUGCAGUAUUUUUUUUUUCUCAUUUAUUCUCGAUCUCUUGUGAUAUUAUGUGGACAAAUGUUACAGACGGUUAUAAGCAAGUAUUAUAUUAGGAGAACAUAUAUAUUUUUUAUUUUUCGAUACUGAAAAAAGUUUAAUACCAGUGAUUAACUCGUAUAUUUUAGGAACAUUAUCUAUGUAAUAUCAUUGCUGUUUUUGCAUUUCACUUGCAAAAACUUGAGCUCUACGCACUGUGAAAGAUGCGUGGACGUGCACGUGUGCCUUGCGUGCACUGCAGUGCACCUCGUCAGCGCUACGCUCCUGAGGCAAGACGAGGAGACACAGGUCGGCGGCCACGCCGCGCCCAGGACAUCCCAGGAUGCCACGGUGCCUUGUCGCAUUGUCGCGUGCAGGUGUGCAGGGCCACGUGAGAAAAGAGGCUCAUCGCACGUGUUGGAUUCGCACGUGACGACGCCGAGCCUCGGGUCCGCCAGCGGGUGAACAGCGACCGUCACGCUUCUCCUGACAAACUGCGUCCCGAGGCGGAUGUGUGUACGGGUGGCAACCAGUCAGUGGCGACCCUAAGCUCACUCCCAUUGAUUUCCCAGAGCUUCUUCCAUGACCCCAGCGCUCCCCUCUCCCAUUCCCCUUGGAGCUCUUUUCCCUUUCAUACCUUCCUGAGACCCGAUAUUUCCCUCCAGCGUUCCUCCUUAUUUCAGCCCAUUGACCGAGGGCUCCUCAUACUUCAAAUGGUCGCCUUACUCCCUCCCCCGACUAUCACGACCGCUGACUCACCUUCCCAGAGCUCCUGGCGACCCCAGUACUUAUCUCAGUGUCCUAACCAGUGUUUCAUUGCUCCCCUCUCCGGGACUCCACACCACACUUACACUCCCUUCACUCCUUCAUUCCCAUUAGUGUUCUGCUCAUUUCCAUUUGUAAUUCUUACUGCCUUUCUUGAUUUUUUUUUCUACAACUCUUUACAGAGUUUGUAUUACGCUGUCAGCAUCCUCCGACAUUGCCUUUCACUUUAGUGGCUAUUAACUCCUCAAAGCUCAUCCCUUCCAUGACUCCCCUGGUCUCCCCUCAGUUCCCCUACCAGCAGUCUCUUGUAUUCUGUAGAAUCUGGUGUUGUGAGAUGUAAAGUUUUCUUUUUUUCUGUUAGGAAUGUUCGUCUGGACAUCCACAACACCAGGUGCAAGUGUUGCUGGGGAGCACCGCGAAAACGACACACAAACAUAUCGUCCAAUAUCAACGUUCCAGUAUUUGCCGUGUACAUAAGUUUGAAAGGUACUAAGUGAGGUACAGCCAGGUUUUUAUUGUCUUCAGUAGUAGCUGCCGGAGUCCGAGGUGUGGGUGAUCUUUUUUGUACUGUUUUUGGUGAUGCAAGUGGUGGUCCCCGAGCCUGUAAUACCGCCACGGGAGGAAUGAAGAUGCAAUAAUUAUCACGUACAAAAAGAGAAGGUGGAAGGUGAUACAUAACAUUUGUCCCUGAUGUACGUACGGGUGAAUGAUUCUUGUGCUGGUUAAUAGGUUUAGUAGUGUAUUCUGUACGUGAUCCAUUGAACGGUCCGCAUUCAUAUUGUCGUCGUCUUUCCACUGUAUUUUUUUUCACCUUUUUUAAUAUUUCAUGACAAUCGAAGCCACUCAGCCGCAGCACUCGUCCCUGUCACGGCUCUGUCACGCCUCUUGGCUGAAGGUGGCGGAAUUAUAUCUCUCACCAGACUUUCCCUGCUGUUCGUAGAUUUUCAGAUACCACAUGACAUUAGGAUUAGCCUGUUUGGUUUCCCUCCGCUAUACUUUCCUAUGUGCCUCUUUUGACUCGAUUGCCAAUACACAACCAUUACAUCUUUUACAAUAGUUGUCAUUAUUUUGUGAAAUUAUUCAUUUUAUACUGACUUGACUCGUAUUUCACGCACUCUUAACCGAGAUACUUUCCUCACAUCCUUUAAUUAAUCACACACAGCUCCCACCGACAUUGUCUUCAGCUCAACUGUAGCUGGACGCAAUACAUACAGCUCGGUAUUUCACACCUUCGUUACUUCUUUAUAUAGUCACCAUAUUUUAUAGUAAGGGAAACACACACACACACACACACACACACACACACACACACACACACGACAGAGAAAGGAUAAAAAAAAAGUUAACAUUAUCGAGUCAACCUACACUUCCAAGCAAAUACAUUAAGCCAUUACCACACCAGCAGAGCCAACAAUGAGAGCUUAACGAGUCGAGGUUGGCAGGAGUCAUUACAACAGCUCAGUGUAGUGAGGAGAAUAGAAUGGUGUUGAUUCCGUGUGGUAUCUGAAGAUUCACCAACCGCGACACGAUUAUGGGACCAUUUCGAGCAUAGGUGUGAAAACAAGCAGGUCAGAUAGCAACGUACUGCUUCCGGGGAGGGUUGCGUCGGUCACCAAGUAUGAAUAUCGUAUUUAUUGUAAGUAAUUUGUCGGUGCCAUCUAGCCUGUAAGGAUUAGAGUAAUAUAAUAAAUGCUACGACUCUUA